AUGGAUACCGAAACAGAGUUCAACACCUCUAUGUCUACUACUACAGAUGCCUGCGAUCUUUGUGGCUGUUUACGAGAUAAUACUUCUCCGCAAUAUACUGCUGAGGAGUUCAAUCAAAUCAUCCAGCAGCUCCAUGACACCCCGGAGCAUCUGCCGAUGGGUGUACGCCAGCAUCCUGGGGCUAUCGACUUGUGCGGGGAGAAUGACCGGGAGAAGGUGAAAAUGCUGCAAGAGGAAUGCGACGCACUACGGGCACGGCUGAAAGGGACAGAGAGAGACCUUGAAGAGCUGGAGAGGGCUUACAAUGUUAAAAGCGUGCUCCUCAGUUGCCUGAGUGAUGGGUUUGACAGGCUGUUAACUGUAUCUGAGUUGCGUCCUACGCAUUUAAGGAAAGGUGCUGCAGGCACGCCCACAGGCUUGGGUGCCUCCGCGAAAUGA